AAACCAUAUUCUACGGUAUCUAUGGUGGAACGUCUGCUUCUUUGCUCCAAAGCUUAGACCUCCAAAGUCUCCAAAGUCGUCUGACUCUUGUGGAAGAUGGCGAAUCUUAUCGGGGUAGAUAAAUUUCUUCAAUUAUGGAAAAUAAUACGUGCAAAUGGAGGUUUACUGGGAUCUUUGAAAACUCUGUACAGGGAAGACGAUUUAAAGGUUGGAACUCUGAUUGGGAUAGACAAAUAUGGUAACAAAUAUUAUGAAAACAAUUACUACUUUUAUGGUCGAAAUCGAUGGGUUAGUUAUGCAAAGGAAGUAGGUUUAGAUUACGAUGCUUCACAAGUUCCCCCAGAAUGGUUCGGAUGGCUCCAUUAUAAGACCGACUUGCCACCUCAUAAAGAUCCUAGACGACCAAAAUAUAAAUGGAUGGCCGAACAUCGCCCAAAUAUGAGUGGCACUAACGAAGCUUAUGUACCAUAUAGUACUACAAAACCAAAAAUCCAGCCAUGGAAACCGUAACUAUUUGCUCUUAGUGUACUAGUAUUUAUUUAAGCGAACUAGAAAAAUAUAAAUUUUAAUGUAAAUAAAGUUUAUGAGUAUCCGAUA